AUGGACGUGCACUCGGCGCCGGUGGCGGCGAGGAGGAUGUGGGGGUACCUGCGGGCGGUCUUCUUCAUGAUGCGCAAGGGCAAGCGCAAGCUGCUCCUCGGCGCGCACCUCCUCAUGAAGCGCCGCAACAAGGCCGUCUCGCGCUCCGUCGCCAACCUCCUCUCGCACCACCACCACCACGGUCACCACGGCGGCCGCGCGCUGCGCCGCCGCGAGUACGAGUUCUCCUGCGGCGACAGCCCCGACCCGGGCUCCUUCUCCAUGCGCCGCCUCGCCUUCCCCUGCCUCGGCGCCGCCGACGACGUCGACCAGCCCGGCCGCCUCCGCGCCGAGCACCCCGCGCCCGCCACGCCGCCGCGGCACAUGAUCGAGUACUACGCCAACGCGGCGGCCGCGUCCCCGGCGCCGUCGUCGCCCGGGGCGCUGAUGAUGAUGCACGAGGAGUCCGAGCUCGCGCUGGGGGAGGAAUGCACGCCGGCGGGGAUGUCACCGCUGGUGCCCGGCGCGGCCGACGGCGGGUUCUCGGUGCGGGUGUCCAACUUCUCGUCGGACGAGGUCGACACCGACCAGCUGGGCCUGGGCGAGGCCGUGGACGACGAGGCGGAGGAGUUCAUCGCCCGCUUCUACGCCCAGCUGCGCCGCCAGAACCACAUCGGGCUGCUCCCGUACUACCUCCAGGAGGCCGCCGCGUGA